AUGGAGACAAUCGAUUUGUCAGCAGCAAUCCCUUUCUUCCUCCACGCCAUCGUCGAAUUCCCCGCGGCUGUGAAUUUCUAUAGCAACCCAUCCGAGCAGCUCUCCUCAGCAGCGCCCCAAGCCGAAGACAUCAUCAAGCAGUACGCUGUUCUCCUCUUCUCAUCCAGUCUGAUAGCUCUCGCCUUCGCGACUCGUCCGGUGGAUGAUACAAGCAAAUAUGUGGCGGGCGCGUUUGCGCUGUACCACCUCGCCCCGACCGUGAGGGCUGCAAGGAGAAUACGUGGAGGGGAGACGGGGACGAGCUAUGGAAAGGGACUGGGGGGACCUUAUGUACACCUUGCUGUUCAUGGUGGCUGCUUGAUUGGAUUUCUUGGGCUCCGCCUUGAUUAUUGGGCUUCGUUUCAAUAA